AAGAUAUAUUUUAAAACUUUGAUAUGACUAGUAUUCCUAAAUUGCUUAAAAUUGUGCAAUACCCCAUUUUCUGUAAGAAAUUUUCUUAGACUUAAAAUGACUUUCUACAGUUUGGAUAUUAAGUGAGCUUUUAUUCAAAUCUUUCAACUAAUAUAAUUUUAUUUUGCGACAGUUCAAUCUGAAAAACAUUAAAUUCGACUUUGAAAAAAAACCUUAUAAUCUUACAAAGAUCCAAGAUAGUAUAAUCUUAAUUUUUUGUUAUCAUACAGUCUUAUCAAGGGGAAAAUCGAAGGCUUCAAAAUUUGAAGAAUUUUCACCAUUUAGUAUCCUAACAAUCCAUUGUAUGGGAAUCGUGGACGGAUCUGUAAUGAAAAAGGAAUUUGUUGGAGAAUUUUUGAGAAUGAUAACACAACUGUAAAUUAUCUAUAGAAGUGAGAUAGUUUAUCUAAUUUGCCCUACAAUAGAGAUGUACAUAUACAUGUAACAUUAGGUUCGUCUGCUAUCAGUGUGAUUGGGUCGAGAUAAAAGAUCAGUUGUUCAAUAAGUCAGCGUAUUCCGUCAGAAUGUUGAAGUUGCUAUCAGGACUGUUCCUUGCAACAUGGCUGGGUAUUGCUCGAUCGCAACAAGAAGACCUUCAUUAUAUUGGUGUUGGAUACAAUAUGUUGACCGGAAAUCCAGACGGUAGCUUGGUGACAAACGGAGGAGUCGAUCCAGGUCUGCUGUACACUCGGAAAAUUCUGGAAGUUACCGGGCAUGACUCGCCGAUGAGAGUUCAAAUCGAACACCGCCACAGCUGUGCCCAGCAGAAUACUACCUCCAUGUAUUUUGGGACAAAAUCGUAUCAAGACAAAUUAAAAAUGAACUUUAAAUCUUCAGGGGGUGGAAAUUUUGGGCUGGCAUCAUUUUCAUUUACCUUAAGUGCGAGGUAUCAAGAAGCUCACAAUCAAACUAAUGUCGAGCGGAAUGUGAUCCAGGAUCAGCAGUCUGUGUGUAAUUUGGGUCGUGUGCGAUACAUGUCAGAACUGGCCAGAGCACAAAAAUUUCCCAUCACGCCCAGCUUUGCUGCCACUGUCUGUUCACUUCCUGUAACCUACAACCAAUCAGAAUACAUGGAUUUCUUGGAUCACUGGGGAACGCAUGUGACUACGGAGGUAGAAUUAGGUGUGAAACGCAUCAGUCGGUCUCGAACCUCGCUCACCAAGUUCAUGAACCAAGUGAUGCACUCAGGCGGUUUCGGAAUGGAAGUUGGUGGCUCGUACGCCGGAUUUUCCGCCUCCGUUGGAAUGGACUUUGAUAAAUUCAAACAAAGCGACACUUUUCGUCAAAAUUAUGGGAGUCAUCAAUAUACAUUACAAUCGGGGUCUGAGUCUCUUCCGGAACCAAUCAGCCUGAAACUGGAGACCAUCGAUCUGGCUUUGGAUCCAAUCUACUGGCAGAGGUACGAUGAGCUGGUUGCUUCUGGGAUUUGUGCAUCGGAUGACCAACAGCACUUGCAGACACGAAAGUCGAACCUUGAACGAGCGCUCACUGAAUACGCAGCUUAUAAGAUGGCGCCAACUCCCUCUGAUCCCGAUUUGAAAAUUCCGCUCGUGUGGCCGAAGGGUACUUACGGACUGAUGAUGACGAUAUACGGGUGCCCAUCCCAUGAAUCCUUCACGUGGCACCAAGGUUACGUAAUCCAGGACACAGAAGACAGGCACAACAAAAACGCAUGGACAACGCCUUCUCAUGUCUACGGUGUGAAAGACGACAAAAGAAUUCAGACUGGGUUUUGUAUAAAAGGCGUUACCCAGGUGUCGAACUAUGAUAUGGAUUGGCCAAAGGGAGACUACUGCAUUCUGAAAUACGGAAAUCAGUGUCCUGAUGGCUUUCACCGUGGUUCUAUAUACUGGGACGAUGAAGACCCAGGGGACAGAAACCAUAGGAGUGGAACUCUGCCUGAUGGUUACUUUGGGACAAAUACUGAGGUCGAAUACUGCUGCAGGGCUGACGCAUUACCUUACGAGGCGAUCGCUUUGCCCAAUGAGAGGCCAUUUAUCCUUCUACGUCAUCGGAGAGGCUGUCAGGUCGUGCACGACAUGGACGUGAGAGAGGAAACCAUCCAAUGGGAUACGGAGGAUAACGACAACCACAAUCAUAUGUCUGGAGACCACCCAUACGAGGACGGCACUGGACACAUCAGGCUGCACUUCUGCGUUUACACAAAGAAAGACACUAUGUCGUUUUCAUCCGUGGUAGGCUGACAAUGUAAUAAAAGUUAAUUGGCAGAA